AUGUUUUACCUCAUACUCAUUCUCCUGCCAGCUUUCUAUGCCAACGAUUGGUCUGAUUACGACUGCAGUUCUGAUAUGGAUGGAAUUAAUCUCCUGAUGGGAUUUCGAAGGUUUUGCAAUGAAUCAAAAGAGCCGGUACCAACUAUGAUAUAUGACAAUUUCAAUGCAUGUUAUUAUCUCGAGAACUACUGGCUUGCUUGGAAACGUGGUACAACAAAGCAAUCUAAAAAAGGAUUUGCUUACAACUAUCGUUAUUACGUCCACCCCGAAAUGAAAAAAGUAAAUACUUUUAAUAAGGCAAAAAUAUUUGCUGAACUACUCUCUAAACGACCAGGCGGAAAUGUUACAGAAGUAUGCCAGGCAUGA